ACGAAAUCAUCUCGUAGCUUUGAACAGCGCUCAAAAUGAAGUUUCUGUGUCUGAUAUUAUUGGCCACGUCAGUGACUGGCCGAUUCACUGAUGAUUUGUACCAACAAUUGGCCGAAGAUAAUGCCAACGAGAAUCUUAUUUCCUCGCCCCUUUCCGUCGAUAUUGCCUUGGGCAUGAGCUACAUGGGAGCUGGGGGAAAUACAGCCCGAGAAAUGAGGGAUGUCCUGAAGUUAUCCGCAGAUAAAAAGGAGGUGGCUCGUAACUACAAGCAACUUCUGACCAACCUCGAGGGUCGCGAGAAGGCAGCCAUGCUCCAUCUGGCCAACCGCAUUUACGUCAACGAUCGCUACACUAUAAAUCCGGAGUUUAAUCAAGUGGUCAAGGACUCCUUUAAGGCCGAAGCGAAGCCUAUCAGCAUAAGUGUUCCUGAAAAAGCUGCUGAGAUCGUCAAUAAGUGGGUGAAUGAAACGACGCGGAGCAGGAUCAAAACCCUUGUUGAGGCCGAUGAUAUGAGCCCGCCUCUUGUAAUGGUUCUCUUGAACGCCAUUUACUUCAAAGGUCAGUGGCAGCGCGCGUUUAACUCCACAUACACGAAACGGGCCGAUUUUCGAACUGCUGACAAGCAAACAGUUCCUGUCCAGAUGAUGGAGAAGCAUGACGAAUUUAAGGCGGGAUAUGUGCACAGUCUGGGUGCCAAGGUGAUCGAGCUUCCCUACAGGAACUCAACCCUCUCCAUGGUAAUCUUUCUGCCGGAAAAAGUCGAUGGGUUGCCAGAACUGGAGAGGAAGAUCGCAGGCUUCUCUCCAGCGCUGAGAGAGCAGGAAGUGAUUUUGAAGCUGCCAAAGUUCAAAAUCGAAUUUUCCUCCGAACUUAAGGGAACUCUUUCGAAGAUGGGCAUGCGAGAUGCAUUUAGUAAAGAGGCUGAUUUUGGAGGUCUAGUUAAAUCGUCAAAUCCUAGAAUCAGCAAAGUCAUUCACAAGGCCUUCCUUGAGGUCAGCGAAGAGGGUGCGGAGGCGGCAGCUGCAACAGCCGUACUUUUUGAAAUGGUCGCUGUCAGUGCUCAAAUCCAGCCACCCCCACAUAUCUUGGAGAUUAAUGCCGAUCAUCCGUUUGCUUAUGUCAUUCGCGAUAAGGACACCAUUUACUUUCAAGGACACUUCGUAAAUCCAGAAGAGUAAAGCUGGUAGAAGGAGGAGGAAAAAGCUCUCACUUUGAUUACAAUUUAUAAAUACAACGAAUUUCCUUUUCUUUGAAAACAAAUGUAAAUUUACUUCUUUAUGCAUUGUUGUGAAUUUUCUGUGUUUUAUUAAACGAGAAGAACUACGAUGAGCACCUUCCCCCAAAUCCUUAA